CUCACGGUGGCUCGCUCUCCUGUGUUGGUGCUGUCUUUGUGCCCAGCCAGCUGAGGCAGGGCUCAGGGGAGGCGGGCCUGGCCCCGUCCUCCCCUUCCCUUCCAGUGUGUGCCCUUGUCUCCUAGGUGCUGCUGGAUGAGGAGAGAGAAGCCAUGGCAAAGUCCCGCCGGCUGGAGCGCAGCACCAGCAGCUUCAGCUACUCCUCUUACCACACCCUGGAGGAGAUAUAUAGCUGGAUGGACAACUUUGUAACUGAGUAUUCAGAUAUUGUCUCAAAAAUUCGGAUUGGCCACAGCUUUGAAAAUCGGUCCAUUGUUGUCCUGAAGUUCAGCACUGGAGGUUCUCAGCGCCGGGCCAUCUGGAUCGACACUGGAAUCCACUCCCGGGAGUGGAUCACCCACGCCACUGGCAUUUGGACUGCCAAGAAGAUUGUCAGUGAAUAUGGCAAAGACAGCACCCUGACAAACAUACUGAACGCCAUGGACAUCUUCAUGGAGAUUGUCACCAACCCUGAUGGCUUUGCAUUUACCCACAGCAUGAACCGCCUGUGGCGGAAGAACAAGUCCACCAGACCUGGAAUCUUCUGCAUUGGCGUGGAUCUUAACAGGAACUGGAAGUCAGGCUUUGGAGGAAAUGGUUCUAAUGACAACCCCUGCUCAGAGACUUAUCGUGGGCCCUCCCCUCAGUCGGAGCCAGAGGUGGCGGCCAUUGUGGACUUCAUCACUGCCCAUGGGAACAUCAAGGCUCUGAUCUCCAUUCACAGCUACUCUCAGAUGCUCAUGUACCCUUAUGGCCACUCACUGGAGCCGGUUCCAAACCAGAAGGAGUUGUACAGUCUUGCCAAGGACGCAGCGCAGGCCCUGUAUGAGGUCCACGGGAUCGAGUACAUUUGUGGCAGCAUCAGCAGCACCCUCUAUGUGGCCAGCGGGAUCACUGUCGACUGGGCCUAUGACAGUGGCAUCAAGUACUCCUUCACCUUCGAGCUCCGGGACACGGGGCGCUAUGGCUUCCUGCUGCCGGCCUCCCAGAUCGUCCCCACGGCCCAUGAG